AUGGAUGCUUGGAAUCGAUUGCGAGAUAUAUUCCAAGAUAAUGAACAUUCCCGUGCCGUUGCUUUGGAGCAAGAAUUCUCCACGACUGCUAUGGAGGAUUUCCCGAAUGUGUCGGCUUACUGUCAACAUCUUAAGUCCCUUGGAGAUCAGUUAAAGAAUGUUGGGGCACCGGUUUCGGACAGCCGUAUGGUGUUGCAAUUGGUAGGGGGUCUCACAAAAGCAUACCGUGGUGUAGGUACGGUAAUCCGGCAAUCCGACCCUCUUCCUCCUUUUUACAAAGCUCGGUCAAUGCUAAUUUUGGAGGAGGCGGGUAUGGCAAAGGAGGCAGCCAUUAAGUCUGCCAUGAUUCACACUUCGCAAGACGAUGUUUCGGAGAAGCACAGUCACUCGAAGGGGAAGCAGUCGGUUGGUCAGAACUCCGGCAGCCGGAAAAACAACAACACCCGGAAGAAUUCCGGUGGUGGCAGACGCAACAACAGUGGUGGCAAGUCUGGUGGCCGAGGACAGAACGGGGGGAACUCCAACUCCAAUGCUCCAACGUCUCAAUGGCAGCAUCAGCCAUUUAUGUGGCCUUGGUAUGGGCAGACCUGGCCCAUUCCUCCUUGCCCAUUCCCUAAUCAAGGAUGGGUCAGGCCUUCUAUACCCCAGCAGCAGCGACAGCCCGGCAUCUUGGGCCCAAGACCACAGCAGCAGGCCUAUGUGCAGCAGUCCAUUCCAGCAUCUGGUCAGUCCGCUUCUUGGGUGCCUACAGAUAUUGAAGUUGCGAUGCAUACCAUGUCCCUUCAACAGCCCGACCCAGCUUGUUGA